AUGGCACUCAAUCUGGAGAAGCAACUGCGAUUUUAUGGUGCAUAUCAUCACGAUCCGGUCAAUAUUGCCAUACAUAUGAUCGGAGUCCCCGUCAUACUGUGGACUACAUUUCUUCUCGGCACGAAUACCCCACCGUUGAUUAAACUGCCGGAGUCGAUGACUAUUCCCUAUUUCGAGUUCAAUGUGGGCACGAUCCUCUGUUUAUCGUAUUGUGCCUUGUACAUAUUGCUGGAGCCCGUCGCCGGGACCGUACUUUCUGCAUUGCUACUGGUCGGAACUGCAUAUGGGAAAUAUCUUACCGUGGAACAUGGGAUGACAGCAAACUUCUGGGCCGCGGCCGCUUUCGUUGCCUCAUGGAUCGCACAGUUCAUGGGUCACGGAGUGUUUGAGGGUCGAGCCCCGGCUCUUCUGGACAACCUCUUCCAGGCCCUUUUCCUGGCUCCUUUGUUCGUCUGGCUCGAAAUCCUGUUUGCGCUUGGUUACCGGCCGGAGUUGAAGAGCCGUGUGGACAAGCUUGUUGAACAAGACAUUGCCAAAUACCGCGAGUCGAAGGGCCAAAAAGUCAAGGGGGCGGUGAAUGGAUCUGCCGUCAAUGGGCAUGCCAAACAAUCUUGA